CGUCCGGGGCCUCCCUCCUCUCCCGGUUUGGUUGCUACCUCCCGGCCGGGCGUUGGAGGCCCCACCGGCCGGACUCCGAACCCUCAGCUCCCAGGCUAGGCUGUGUCCGCCGGCGGGCUCAGGAGAGUGGGGCGCCAUGCCUCGGGCUUGAUGCACCGUGCUCCAUUCUCCCAGGCUGCAGUCCUAAGUUGUGAACACCCGCCGUCCGCCUCAGCAGUCGGCUUUCAGCUCUCUGCCGGGCGCCGUUGUCGGCCCUGAACAGCUCCUUCCACCUCUGCCGCCGUCGUCAUGUCCCAGCCGGGAAUGCCGGGAACUGGCGGCGCCCCAGCCGAUCUGCAGGCCCAGAACGGGGCCGCCUCGGCCUCGGGGUCUCCCUACACCAACGGUCCUGUCCAAAAUGCACUGAUGUCUUCACAAGUGUCAGUGAGCCAAGGAUACAAUUUCCAGCUUCCAGGAUCCUACCCUCAUCUAAUACCAGCAAAGACUUUGAAUCCAGCCUCUGGACAGUCUAACUAUGGUGGUUCUCAGGGAUCUGGGCAGACUAUUAACAGACCACCUGUGGCCUCUAAUCCAGUAACACCUUUGCUCCAUAGUGGUCCUAUUCCCCGAAUGCCACUACCUGCUUCUCAGAACCCAGCUGCUACACCAAUGCCUUCUGGUAGUUUUCUUCCUGGAGCCAACCUACCACCGCCUUCGAAUUGGCAAUAUAACUAUCCAUCCACAGGAUCACAGACAAACCACUUUCCUCGUGCAUCAUCCCAACCACCUGUAUCUGGGAAUACAAGUUUAACAACAAAUCAUCAGUAUGUUUCUUCUGAAGAACCUUCACUUCAAAACAGCUUCUUAAAGUCAGGUUCUUCUGUACCUCCCUUAGCAAAUGCACCUCUGCCUACCACUUUUCAACCAGGAGCUCUUUCUGGGCCCCCUCCAACGGGAGGCCCACCUUCAGUAAGGACUCUCAUGCCCCCGAAAACAUCACAGAGAGCUGUACCCCAGCCCUCAUUUAAUUCAGCUAUCAACCAAGAAGGUAUUACAUCAAAUACCAAUAACGGAUCUAUGGUAGCCCACAGUAGUUAUGAUGAAAUUGAAGGAGGUGGCUUCUUGGCAACACCACAGCUUGCUAAUAAGAAUCCGCAAAUGAGCCGCAGUGUUGGAUAUUCAUAUCCCUCCUUACCACCUGGUUACCAGAACACAACACCACCCAGUGCAACUGGAAUGCCGCCCUCUUCCUUGAAUUACCCAGGUGGACCACAGGCCUUUACUCAGACUCCCUUAGGUGCUAAUCAUUUAAGUGCAAGCAUGGGUGGAUUAAGUCUACAUCCAGAGGGUCUAAGAGUUGUCAAUCUUCUUCAAGAAAGAAGCAUGCUUCCCUCAACACCUUUGCAGCCUCCAGUACCAAAUUUGCAUGAAGACAUCCAGAAACUCAACUGUAACCCUGAAUUAUUUCGAUGCACACUGACUAACAUUCCUCAGACUCAGGCAUUGCUGAAUAAAGCCAAACUUCCUUUGGGGCUGCUGCUUCAUCCUUUCAAAGACCUACUGCAAUUGCCUGUGGUUACCUCCAGUACAAUUGUGAGAUGCCGUUCAUGCAGAACGUACAUCAACCCUUUUGUCAGCUUUCUUGAUCAAAGGAGAUGGAAGUGUAACUUAUGUUACCGAAUCAAUGAUGUUCCUGAAGAGUUCAUGUACAACCCUUUGACCAGAGUUUAUGGAGAACCUCACAGAAGACCAGAAGUUCAAAAUGCUACUGUUGAGUUUAUGGCUCCUUCAGAAUACAUGUUACGACCACCUCAACCUCCAGUGUACCUCUUUGUAUUUGACGUGUCUCACAAUGCAGUUGAAACUGGAUACUUGAAUUCAGUUUGCCAGAGUUUGUUAGACAAUCUGGAUUUGCUUCCUGGCAACACCAGAACAAAAAUUGGCUUCAUAACAUUUGACAGUACAAUCCAUUUCUACAGUCUUCAAGAAGGUCUCUCUCAACCUCAGAUGCUAAUAGUUUCAGAUAUUGAAGAUGUUUUUAUACCUAUGCCAGAGAACUUAUUAGUAAAUUUAAAUGAAAGUAAAGAGCUUGUCCAAGAUUUACUGAAAACUUUGCCGCAAAUGUUUACCAAGACUCUGGAAACCCAGAGUGCCUUGGGUCCUGCACUUCAGGCUGCCUUUAAGCUGAUGUCCCCAACUGGUGGUCGAAUGUCUGUCUUUCAAACACAACUCCCAACUCUUGGAGUGGGAGCCCUGAAGCCACGAGAGGAACCCAACCAAAGGUCAUCUGCUAAGGAAAUACACCUGACACCAUCCACUGACUUCUAUAAGAAAUUAGCCUUGGACUGUUCUGGUCAGCAGGUAGCUGUUGACUUAUUCCUUCUCAGUGGACAGUAUUCUGAUUUGGCUUCUCUGGGUUGUAUUUCUCGUUAUUCAGCCGGUAGUGUCUAUUACUACCCCUCUUACCAUCAUCACCACAACCCUGUCCAAGUACAGAAAUUGCAGAAGGAACUACACAGAUACCUCACUCGGAAGAUUGGCUUUGAGGCAGUCAUGAGGAUUCGUUGCACCAAAGGUCUUUCCAUUCAUACUUUCCAUGGGAAUUUCUUUGUUCGGUCAACAGACUUACUGUCUUUGCCCAAUGUUAACCCAGAUGCUGGGUAUGCAGUGCAGAUGUCAGUAGAGGAGAGUCUUACUGACACUCAGUUGGUUUCUUUUCAGUCAGCACUCUUAUAUACAUCCAGCAAAGGUGAAAGAAGAAUUCGUGUCCAUACUUUGUGUUUGCCAGUAGUUUCAACUCUGAAUGAAGUCUUUCUUGGAGCUGAUGUUCAAGCAAUUUCAGGCUUAUUGGCCAAUAUGGCUGUUGACAGGUCUAUGACGGCCAGUCUGAGUGACGCUCGAGAUGCACUAGUGAAUGCGGUCAUCGACUCUCUCUCAGCCUACCGUUCUUCAGUCCUAAGUAACCAGCAGCCUGGACUCAUGGUUCCUUUUUCUUUGCGGCUUUUCCCACUGUUUGUGUUGGCGCUCCUUAAACAGAAAUCAUUCCAGACUGGGACAAAUGCACGUCUAGAUGAACGCAUUUUUGCUAUGUGUCAAGUGAAAAAUCAGCCCUUGGUUUACCUUAUGCUCACAACUCAUCCCAGUUUGUAUAGAGUUGACAAUCUGUCAGAUGAGGGUGCACUCAACAUCAGUGACAGAACCAUACCCCAGCCCCCUAUCCUUCAGCUUUCAGUAGAGAAGCUGAGCAGAGAUGGAGCUUUCCUCAUGGAUGCAGGCUCUGUACUGAUGCUUUGGGUUGGAAAAAAUUGUGCACAGAAUUUUCUCAGUCAAGUUCUAGGAGUUCAAAACUAUGCAUCAAUUCCACAGCCUAUGACAGACCUUCCAGAACUUGAUACACCAGAAUCAGCCAGAACAAUAGCUUUCAUCUCUUGGCUUAGAGAGCAGAGACCAUUUUUCCCAAUACUUUAUGUCAUAAGGGAUGAGAGUCCAAUGAAAGCAAACUUCCUUCAAAACAUGGUAGAAGACAGAACAGAAUCUGCUUUAUCAUAUUAUGAAUUCCUUUUGCAUAUACAGCAGCAAGUGAAUAAAUGAAGAAAUUCGACUUAGUUAUUUCUAAGAAAUGUCAUGAUAAUGCAGAGUACCUAGCAAUGUGUAAUACCUUCCUUUUCUAUUAAGUUGGACUUAAUGUGAUGAUUUAAAUGUUCUCACUGUGAUUUCAACAAACUAUAGCAAAUAAAGAACCACAGCAGAGAAUCAAACAUGCAACUCUGAAAUACUGUAUUUUUGAAAUCAAAAUAUAUCUACAUAUGAUUGAUACCUUUUUUCCUUUGCUGCCAAUUAUGUUUGAGUUAUUAUGGAUUAAAAUAAGAUGAAACAAUAUUACAGAGGCAAAGUACAUUUUGUAAAAUAAAGAUGUCUGUGUUCUACAUGUAUAUUUCUCAUUUUUUAUUUUUCUGAAUUUUUGGCUGCUACAUUUAAAACCUCACAGGACUGAGUGUUGCAGGGAAGUUACAAAUCUAUUGAUCUUUUAAAAAAUCAAAAGUAAAUAGAAUAUAUGAAAACUAGAAUUCAUUCCCAUGCCUCUUUUUUUUUCUUAAGGAAGAAAAAGUAUUAUCAUGUUAAUUAAAACUAGAGUAAACUAACUCUAGUCUAGCUUGAGAAAAAUAUGAAGUAAUACAUUCAAGCUUUAAAAUCUGUCAGUAUUCUCCAUACUUGAAGAACAAAGUCACUUUGGUUUCAAGUGAAAACUAUAAUGAGGUGUGUUUUUGAUUUGGCUGCAAAAGACUUGGAACAUACUAUGUUAUUCUGCAGUGAAAAGAAUUUGAGCUGUCUUUAUAAAUAUUGGGACUGGCAAUGAUAAUGGGGAGGUGAGAAACUUUGGUUAUCUUGAUCAUUUAAGUGGGUUUUUAUUUGGUACAUUUGUGCUCUGAAUGUAUAAUAAAAGUUUUAUUUUGGUGAAAUGAGUAUGAAUGAAAGAAAUUAAAAGUUUCUUAAAUGCUAUCUCAAAUGCAUUAGUAACAUUUUUCUAAGAAGGUUAAUAAUUGGAAGUUACUCAUAAGAAAUAUUUGUUCUUGAAUAUUAAUACCUACUAAAGCAUGAAUGCUGCUGUUUGAUUUGGUGGGUAUUAAGAUCAUACAAGUCCAAUAUGUUGAAAUUAUGAAAGAAACUUGAUUUCUGAACAUGCUCGAGACUGCUUUUUGAUUCAGCUAGAGAAAUAGUUGAGCAAAUUUUGUUUACAAGUAGGUAAAUUACACAUCUGUAUAUUUAAAGUACUGUGAUAUAGUAUCUUUUUAAAAGAGUUUGGCUCAGUUUUCAGAUUCAUCUUGUCUUGUAGUAACUUCUUAAAAGAUGUUCAUGUGUAAUACUUGAUAAAAAGAUUUUUGGUUUUUUUUGUUUUAAUGGGUUAGAAAAUAUGUUUACAUGAUCACCAAUGAAAUAGUAACUUUCACGUUUACAACAACAUGAGCUGACUGAAACUGAGUUGUCUGGGAUAGGGAAAAAGCAGUCCCUCUAGAAUACACAACUACUGCUUGCCAGCUGGAUCACAAUAAUUAUGUUUUAGAAAAUAUCAUCUCCCUUAAGGCAGUGUUAAGGUGUUUUCAGUGUGCAAAUGGUGCAUUGAUCUGGAAGGUUUCUUGAAAGCUGCUUCAUUUACUAGGAAGCAAUUUUCAAAUUGUAGUAAAUUAAAUUUAUAUUUCCCCCUCUUUUAAAGAAACAGAGUCAUUAUGUACUAAUGUUUCUUAAAAUAUCUAAAAUUUUCCUCUUAAUGUGAUUUUAAAUGUUGAUAUUUGUAGGUCCUUUCUUAAAAGUAGUAAAGAAUCUUCCAGAGGGAAACGUUUGUGCUUUUAGGGAUAAUCUUCCUUGUGCCUCACCACAUCCCUAAGUGGGUAUGACUCUUGUUAUUACAUGUGCUCUGUUAGUAUAUUUCACACAUUUACUUUUAGAAAUGUACUUUAAAAAUUAUUUUAGAUACUGUGUAAUAUGUGCAAUCCAGAAAGAUCUUAUAACAGGUCAUAAAAAACAUAACUUUAGUUAGGAUUCACAAUAAAUAUUUGUUCUCUAGAUAAUUAGAGAAUGAAUGAGCCUUUUGGGGAUAUCGGUUAUUUUCUGCAAUCCUGAAUGUGUUUUUAGUUUGACUGGGGGGGGGCAGUAGGGUAUUACCUACUGUAUCAUCUUGUAUUACUUUUUGAUGUAAAGCAACUAAUAUUUACACUAUGCCAUUUUUUAUCAUAGUUGUAAAUUAUGAAAGAUCCUUGAAUUUUCUACAGAUCUACAACUACUCAAGUAACAGACAAGGGCAAUCUUGGUAUUUAAAUCUGAGCAUGGCAGUUCUACCAUAAAAAAUACUCUAUUUUUCUAAUUUCUAGAAUUUUUAAAAUAACAUUUCUGUAAGUCUGACAUACUAAUAUUCAUUUAAGCAGUACCAUUUAUUUUAGUUUGCAUAUAUUUUCAUGGUUUUUAAUUUAAUGUAAUGUAUUGAGUCUAAUAGACUGUUUUGCAAUAUUAGAAUAAAGAUUUAUUUCUUCUAAUCAAAGAUGCAUAACAGCUAUUAUCUAGGGGACCACCAAAUGUGAUUUCAAGGUUUUGUUAAUUACUACAAAUGUAAUCCUUAUAUAGAAAUUUUAAUUUUGUAAAGUAGUGUAUAAUAUUGUAAUAUUAAAUUCUCAUUCUCAAAUUUAAAUAUGUAUUGAACUUCAGUGUGCUGUGUUAAAUCUUGCCUCUCUGAAAUGUUAGAGACAAGAUUCGUCUUCCUUUUUACAGUUUGUAAUUUUCACUGUUUUAUUCCUGUAAAAAAAAAAAGUCAUUUGUAACCCAUGCAAACAAUUGUUUGAUCUAUGCUAACUUAUCAAUUUGGCUAUUCAAUAAAGUUAAUUGAAA